CCUAGAGCUGUGCGGAUGUGGAAGCUGCAGCUACAGCUGAGGAAAGCGAGAAUGAAUCGAAACAGAAAGCUAAGGAAGGCUGCUUUAAAUACCGACGCGGAGCUCUGACACUUUUGGUCUCUAGACCGACCAGAGAGGUAGAAGACAACAAACUGACAGCAUCUGAACUCUAUUAAAAACCUUUCGGACAGAGGCGAAAUGUCGGCCGACACUGAAGUGGAGACGAAGAUCUGUAACUUCUUGAGACGAAAUGGCAAAAGCAAAGCUUUCGUGAUUUCUAAACAAUGCGGACUAGAUAAACGCAUCGUCAACAAACAUCUGUACAGCUUAGAGAAAUCAAAUCAGCUGUUCAAAUGUACAGAACAGCCUCCUAUUUGGGAUCUUGUGGAAAAUAUGAAUAAGCUCAAACUGACACCCGAACCAAAGCAAAAGUCUCAGACGACAACAGAAACAAGCGGGGAGAAAGAUGUGGAAAAAUUGCUGACGAGGUCAGGAGGUUUAAAAGCCUAUGAGAUCGCCAAAAAUCUGGGACAGUCAAGACAAAGCAUUAACAAACAGCUGUACAGUAUGGAGGAGAAGGGGAAAGUAAAGAAAUGCAGCCAAAGCAAGUUGUGGAGACUUAACGAUGAGUGGAGCGAUGAGAGUUUUAGCCAAGAGAGCUCCAGCUCCUGUCCCAGUGAUCAUGGACUGGACUCAGUUCCAGGGUUGUCUAAUAGUUUUGAUGUGAUCGCAAAGCUUGGUGAAGGCGGCUUUGGCUGGGUUUAUAAAGUAAAACAUAAAAUUGAUGAGAAGAUCUACGCUGUAAAGAGGGUCAUCUUAACCAGUGACGCUGAUUCUGAGGUGAAGACACUGGCCCGACUAGAUCACCCAAACAUAGUGCGUUACAUUACCUGCUGGUCAGGUUCUGAUGAUUGGGUGUCAAACCAAGAAAGAAACCAUGCGUCCAAAAAAUCAGAUUCUUCAUCAGAUGUAGUGACCUUUGAGAGAUCCGGCUGUGUAGAGAAGGACAACAAUGAUGGUGAUGAUGGUGGUGAUGAUGGUGAUGAUGAUGAUGAUGAUGAUGAUGAUGAUGAUGACACAUCAGGAAUGGAAAGUCUGACAGAAUCUGCAUCUGCUGCUGAACCCCCAGAAAACAACAGAAUUGAUGGUUUAGACUCAAAUCAAAGUAGGACUUGCUUAUUUAUUCAGAUGGAGUUCUGCGAGGGAGGAACGCUGACCAAUUGGAUAAAGGCGAGAAAUUUUAUGGAAAAACAGAGAACCAUAGUGGAAAUCCAUAAAAUAUUUUAUGAAAUUAUCACUGGAGUGGAAUACAUCCAUGCAAACGAGCUCAUCCACAGAGACUUGAAGCCUGAUAACAUACUGUUCGGCGCUGAUGGCAAAGUGAAGAUCGGAGACUUUGGGCUGGUUGCGGCUCAGACUGAUCAAAAUGGUGACCCUAUGGAGAGAUCAAACAGAGGAACACCAACUUAUAUGAGUCCUGAACAGAAAAAUAAGAAGCAUUAUGAUGAAAAAACAGACAUUUUUCCUCUUGGACUCGUGUGGUUUGAGAUGAUCUGGAAAAUAUCUACUCUUAGCGAAAGAAUGAAGCUAUGGACAGAUCUGAGAGAUCGAAGGUUUCCAGAAGGGUUCAGUGACAGUUAUCGAACUGAGAGUAAAUUCAUCAUGAAGAUGCUGUCGUAUUCACCAGAGCACAGGCCACAUGCAAAAGACAUCAAAGAAAAACUGGAGAAGUUUUUCUCUCUACAUCAGAAUCUGUUAAGCCAGAAAACAGUCUGAGAUUUUUGUGUAUAGAAACUGUCUCAGCAGUUUGGUUGGGUCCUUUAAAAAAAAAAAAAAAGAA